UGCCUUGCUCCGCGCGCGCCCUCGGCUCCCGGGACGAUGAGCAGCUACCCGCGCUCCAGGCCGCUGAGCUUCAGCAGCCGCUCCCAGGGCUCGCAGCCCAGCUGGGGCUCCCUGUACCGGGCCGGCUCGGGCUUCCAGCCGGGGCUCCGCAGCUCCCCCAGCCUGGGCCGCCUCGGCCCCAGCGGCCUGUCCGGCUCCUUCCUGCUCUCCUCGCUGCCCAGCCUGGAGAUCGACCCGGCGCUGCACCAGAUCCGCAGCGAUGAGAAGGAGCAGAUCAAGGGGCUCAACGACCAGUUCGUCUCCUUCAUCGACAAGGUGCGUCACCUCGAGCAGCAGAACAAAGUGCUGGAGAUGCAGCUGAAGCUGCUGAGGGACAAGGACCAGUACAAGUCCAAUCUGGGGCAGAUCAUGGCGCGCUCCAGCCAGAACCUGAAGCAGCAGAUCGAGACGCUGAGCCAGGACAAAAGCAAGCUGGGGGCGGAGCUGAAGCACAUGCAGACGUUGCUGGAGGAGCUGAAGGGCAGGUACGAGGAUGAGAUCAACCGGCGGAACCAGCUGGAGAACGAAUUUGUCCUGACGAAGAAGGAUCUCGACGACUUGUAUCUGCAGAAGGUGGAUAUCGAAUCGAAGCUGGAGAGUAUCACGGACGAAAUCAACUACCUCAAGCAGCUGUAUGACGAGGAGAUUCUGGAGCUGCAGUCCCAGAUCCAGAACACGCAGGUGAAGGUGGAGAUGGAUAACAGCCGGGAGCUGGAGAUGAAGCAGAUCAUAGACCAAGUGAAGGCUCAGUACCAGGCCAUGGCAGCCAAGAGCCGAGAGGAGGCCGAACAGUGGUACAAGCACAAGUUCGACGACAUGGCGACCCAGGCCCGGAAGCACAACGACGAGAUGAAAAGCGUCAAGAGCGAGAUCACAGAGCUGAACCGCUACGCCCAGAGGAUCAAUGCUGACAUCGAGGCCCUGAAGAACCAGCGAGCCAACCUGGAGAGCGCCAUCGCGCUGGCAGAGGAGCAGGGUGAGCAGGCCGUGCGCCGUGCCAAGGACACGGUGCAGGAGCUGGAGGAGGCGCUGAAGGGGGCCAAGCAGGACAUGGCGCGGAAGGUGCGCGAGUACCAGGAGCUGAUGAACAUCAAGCUGGCCCUGGACAUGGAGAUCGCCACCUACCGCAAGCUGCUGGAGGGCGAAGAGAACCGGAUGAUCGGCCAAGGCCCAAACCUGCAUAGCAGCGCCAUGGACAAAUGGGCUGGACUCCUGCCUUCCCAAGCGGCACUCCCCUCCCUGGGCAGGGCUGCCACACCGCCCGGGCCUGAGCCAGCCUCCUCGCCCAAGAGGCCGAUCCUGAUCAAGACCGUCGAGACCAAGGACGGGAAGGUCCUCUCGGAGUCCAGCCACUUCUCAGAAAACUAGCCCAGGCACGAGGCAUAGGAGCUGGAUUCAAACCUGUGUAACGUCAUGACUGGCAGGGCCUGCGGCCCAAUUCUGCCCUGGGUUACAAUGAAGUCACUGAGAGCAGAAUUGGGCCAGGAGAUUGUAAGCCCCACGGGGCAGGGACCUGUUCCGAUGACAGAUGUGCAGAACACUUUGCCAAUGCAUGGUGCCAGGGAACCCACAAAGCUGUUGGCAUUUGCCGGUCGGCACAGGGGGGUCUCUGACUAACCCCCCGACCUCGUUAGCAGGCGGUGAGCUGGCAAAACAAGGGUUAAAUGGGUGCUGGUUUGCUGAGCAGCUGGUCGUUAACCCACUUAAUGUUAGGGUGGUGGGAAAAGCCAGGCGGCUGGGCGGGAAUUGGGACAGGCAGGAAUCUUAGCAAGACUCUGUCCUAAUGAAUCCGACUCAGGAAGGGGACUAGCUCUGAGCUAAUACUGCAGAACCUAGGACGGGUUGGCUGCUUCCUUUCGAGAUUUUAUCGUGCUGGGGCCAGGAGGGCAAAUUCUGCAGCUGCCAGGGCUGGGCAAGCAGCAGCCACUUUCACCCUUCAACUAAGAAAUAACUCUGGGAGGGGCUGGCUCCUCUGGCACCAUUGGGGCCUCCCCCUUCCAGAUUAUUAAUACACUGAAGCCUGGCUCAAGGGAUGGGCAAAACUUGCUUGCAGGGGCCAGACGUGGCGGGGCUGAGCGUGUGAAGAGAAGCUGAGCUGAGCAGAGUAACAGGUGGCCCAGUAACUAUGAUGCACAUCGCCCUCAGUCCAGGAGGGCAGCUGCUGGAGCAGUGGGUCUCAAGCAGGGGUCUGGGAUCCCCUGGGGGCCGCAAGCAGGUUUCAGAGGGGUUGCCAGGCAGGGCCGGCGUUAGACUCUCUGGGGCCCGGAGGAGAAGGCUGAAGCCCGAGGCCCUGAGUCCUGUCACCAAGGGCUGAAGCUGAAGCCUGAGUAACUGUGGUGUGGGACACCGGGUGGUUGCCCUUCUUGCUAUCCCCUAACACCAGUCCUGGCUUUUGUAGGCAGAAACCCAGUUGCUGUGGCACUGGGAGGCCGUGGAGUUUUAAUAGCAUGUUGAGGGGGCUCAGAAAGACAAACGUUGAGAACCCCUGGGCUAGAGCAAUUCUGGGGCUAGAAGGAUGCUUAAGAUGAGAGGCCUCUUGCAUGGCUUUUAUUGCUCAGUUCGUUGCUCUAUGUGACCUUAGACAAAUCACUGCUUCUCUCUGUGUGUCAAUUCCCCACGUCCCGCAGGGGUGUGGGGAGGGGAGGAGCUCCACCACCCAGGUGAGGGGGGGUGUCAGAUAAUGUCACUGCCCCAUGGAGUUUACACUCUUCGUCAGGCACACCUGGUAUUUUGCACAGCUGAAUAUGCUCCAUGUCUCUCAACCAUCUUCCUGCCCCUGUAUAUGUGUAAUUGUGAUCCCGGUUGCUCCUGGUGGUCUGAGCUCCCUGGAAAGAAGAGGGCUGUUAAAGAGGCAAUUGUAACCAUUUGUGUUCUGUAGCGUCUCUCUGUCAAUUCCAGCUGCCGACUGGGGCGUUACUCAGGAUUCCUUGUGCUAGCCAGCCUGUCCUCUUGCGCGAGCCCAAAUAAAGGGAGAACGAAACGGCUGAAAAGAGACCAGAAUAAAAAUGCUCUUUGCCCUGUUUCUGCUCAGGAA